CUGGGUCUGGUUGAGGAAGGCAGUUAAGAAUCCACACAGGCGUGCAGGAACUUUAUGUCAAGACAAAACUGAGCUGUUUAUAAUGUUAACUUUAAGCUCCAACACACUGAGGUCUAUAUUGUAUGACUUCAUCAGGGAGUUGUGAUGACAUCAGAGAAGCUGAUUAACACUCUGGAAGAUUUAAGAGAUGAAGAGUUUGGUAAGUUCAAGUGGUUCCUGCAUCAGCUUGACAGCCUGGACGGCUUCACGGCCAUCAGGUGGGACACAGUGGAUGUGAUGGUGCAGACGUACGAACCUCCUGGAGCCGUGGAGGUGACCAGGAAGGUUCUGGAGAAGAUCAGCAGGAAUGACCUGGUGCAGAGUUUGUCUGACAGCUGCUCAGGACCAAUAGUGGGUGCCAACGAUGCUGGGGAGACAUCAGAGAGCAGGCAGCCUUCCUCUGCUCACCCUCAUGAUACCUCACACUUUGUGUGUUUUUUGUCUGACCCAGAUAUGAUGGUUCCCAUACCAAAGCCAAAGCCCAUCACCUAUUACCAGCAGAUACUUCAAUCAAACAUUUAUGACAAGUUUAAUUGUGUCAAAGAAGGAUGGGCAGAAGACAAACAACGCCUGGUUGAUAUCUACACAGAGCUGUACAUCACCGCUGGGAUGAACACACACAUCACCAGUCAGCACGAGGUCCAACAGAUUGAGAAGAUGAAAAAGCAAAGUGAAACAGAGAAAUCCGUGAAACCCAGUGACCUGUUCAAACACCCCUCUGGAGACGGAAGAGCCAUUAAAACAGUGCUAACCAAUGGAAUCGCUGGAAUUGGAAAAACUGUUCUGGUGCAGAAGUUUGUGUUGGACUGGGCUGAACAAAGGUCCAGUCAAGAUGCGCAUCUCAUUUUUCCCUUCACCUUUCGUCAGCUCAAUACACUGAAGGGACGGACGUUUAGUUUGUCAGAGCUCAUUCAUGAAUGCAUCCCAGAAACCAUGUCCAUUAGCCAGGAGGCUCUGAAUUACAUCUUUACAGAACUGCAGUCAUCAGGAAACAGCAACUAUGACAAGAGCAGGUUCAAACUUCUGUUUGUGUUUGAUGGACUGGACGAGAGUCGCCUCCAACUGGACCUGGAUGUUGUUGAUGUUGGCUCUACUGAUGUGACAAAGUCGACUGAAGUGAAUGUUAUGAUAAAGAAACUCAUCAGCAGAAAACUACUGCGCUCUGCUCGAAUCUGGAUCACCACACGACCUGCAGCGGCCAGUCAGGUUCCUCGAGAGUUUAUUGACAUGGUGACAGAGGUCAGAGGGUUCACUGACCCACAGAAGGAGGAGUACUUUAGGAAGAGAUUCACAGAUGAGGACCAGGCCAACAGAAUCAUGUCCCACAUCAAGACGUCACAGAGCCUUCACAUCAUGUGCCACAUCCCAGUCUUCUGCUGGAUCACAGUUAUGGUUCUGGAGGAUUUGUUGGAGACUAGAGAGGGAGGAGAGCUGCCCAAGACCCUGACGGAGAUGUACGCAGAGUUCCUGGUAUUUCAGAUUGAUCAGGCAAAAGAGAAGUACGGACCAGAGCAGUGCAUUCAGUACAUCAGGUCUGUGGCAAAACUGGCCUAUGAGCAGGUGGAAAAGGGAAACUUCAUCUUCUAUGAGAACAAUCUGGAAGAGAGCGGCAUUGAUGUUGAAGGAGCCUCAGUGUGUUCAGGAGUGUUCACCCAAAUUUUUAUACAGGAGCGAGGGAAAAAAGCAGUGGACAAGAUGUUCAGCUUUGUUCAUCGGAGCGUUCAGGAGUUUCUGGCUGCUGUAUACAUGAUACACUGUUACACCAACAGGAAGAGAAGGGAGCUGAAGCACUUACUGAAAGGCUCAGAAAGCAGUGACUCAAACGUAGGGAAUCUUUUCAGGAGAAUUUCUGAAUCUUUUAGGAGCAUUGUUGGCUACCUUCCUAUGGACGCCUUCUUGAAGAGCGCCAUGGAAACAUCUCUUAACAGUAAUAGUGGCCACCUGGACCUGUUUGUUCGUUUCCUUCAUGGUCUGUGUGUGGAGUCCAACCAUAAACUAUUAGGAGGUUUGCUGGGUCAAACACAGAACAAUCCAGAAGUCAUCCAGAGAGUCAUCAACAACCUGAAGAAGAUGAACAGUGAUAAAAUCUCUCCAGACAGAAGCAUCAACAUCUUCCACUGUCUGAUGGAGAUGAACGACCACUCAGUCCAUCAGGAGAUCCAAGACUUCCUGAAGUCAGAGAACAGACUAAAGAAGGAACUCUCUGAGAUCCAUUGUUCGGCUCUGGCCUACAUGCUGCAGAUGUCAGAGGAGGUUCUGGAUGAGUUGGACCUCAACAAGUACAACACAUCAGAGGAGGGACGAAGGAGACUGAUCCCAGCUGUGAGGAACUGCAGAAAGGCUCAAUUUAGUAAAUGUGGACUCUCAGAUCUUCACUGUGAAGUUGUGGCCUCCGCUUUAAAGUCCGAACCGUCCCAUCUGAUAGAACUGGACCUGAGCAGGAACACUCUGCAGGAUCCAGCAGUCGUGCUGCUUUGUGCUGGACUGGAGAGUCCACACUGUCGACUGGAGACUCUGAGAUUGAGUGGAUGCAGGUUGUCAGAGUUCAGCUGUGAUUCUUUGGUUUCUGCUCUGAAGUCCAUCCUGUUACACCUGAAACAACUGGACCUGAGCUGGAACAACCUUCUGAAUUCAGCAGUGAAGCAGCUGUGUGGUCUUCUGGAGAGUCCUCAAUGUCGACUGGAGACUCUGAGACUGAGUGACUGCACUAUGUCACAGUUCAGCUGUGAUUCUCUGGUCUCUGCUCUGAAGUCCAACCCCUUCCAUCUGACAGAACUGGACCUAAGCUACAACUACUUGCAGGACUCAGGAGUGAAACAGCUGUGUGGUUUUCUGGAGAGUCCUCACUGUCGACUGGAGACCCUGAGAUUAAGUGGCUGCAGUUUGGCAGACAUCAACUAUGACUCUGUGGUCUCAGCACUGAAGUCCAACCCGUCCCAUCUGACACAACUGUUCCUGACUGGUUACACAAAUUCAGCACAGAUUUCAGCAAUGAACCAUCUGUAUGGUUUUCUGGAGAGUCCUCGGUGUCGACAGGAGACUCUGAGUUUUUCUGGGAUCAGCUGUGAUUCUCUGGUCUCUGCCCUGAAGUCCAACGCGUCCCAUCUGAAACAACUGGACCUGAGCUGGAACAAGCUGCAGGACUCAGGAGUGAAGCAGCUGUGUGGUUUUUUGGAGAGUCCUCACUGUCAAAUGGAGAUUCUGAGAUUGAGUCGCUGCAGUUUGUCCGUGAUCAGCUGUGAGUAUCUGGUCUCAGCUCUGAGGUCCAACCCGUCCCAUCUGACAGAACUGGACCUGAGUGGAAACAAUCUACAGAAUUCAGCAGUGAGGCGUCUUUCUGACCUGGUGGAGAGUCCAGACUAUAGACUGGAGACUCUAAGGUGGAAGUAAAGAUGAUUCCGACCUUGAAGCAGCACUUGGUGUUUAGGGAGGUUCUGGUCUAUGUAACUGGUAGAGUGGAGAGGAGAACCUUACCAGCACUGAUAGAAGAAUCUGAAGGAGACAAGCUGACUCUCACAUCAUCAGUGGGUCUGGACCACUCUGCUACUGCAGACACUGAGAAUCCUCCACCUGGAGUUUAGUUUGUAGUUUGGUGUCUAGUGGGCAACAUUUUUGAAGUACAGUACCUAUGUUUAAUAUUUUUACAUUAAAUAUGUAUAUUUGGCCAAUCACUUUACAGUACUUUCAUGGCACUAAUUGUGGUCAUUGCAUUUCUACAGUAGGUUUACUUUUAAUAUUUCACUGAUUUCUAGUCGAGGGGCGGCACGGUGGUGCGGUGGGUAGCACUGUCGCCUCACAGCAAGAAGGUUCUGGGUUUGAUUCCCGGAGGCGGCCCUGGUGCCUUUCUGUGUGGAGUUUGCACGUUCUCCCCGUGUUUGCGUGGGUUCUCUCCGGGUUCUCCGGCUUCCUCCCACAGUCCAAAGACGUGCAUUAGGUUGAUUGGCUUCUCUCCAUUACCCGUAGGUGUGAGUGUGUGUGUGAAUGGUU